CGCUCGCUCUCCCCCCCCCACCCCACUUGUCGCUCCCCCCGCUUCCCUCUCUCUCUCCCGGCGUCCGGGGCUGGCGUUGGGGGCGGACUCUGGUCCCCGCUUCCGGUGUGGUGUCAUGGUGGCUCGUAGGCUGUGAUGGCUGAGGAGGAGGAGGGGAGCUGAGAGCGCGGCGGCGGCGGCGGCCGGAUCGAGCCGAGGGGGAAGAAGGGGCGGGGGCGUCGAGACCCUCCUCCUCCUCCUCCCCCGCCUGGCUGGGCGGCGGGACAUGGCGGCCCACAAGCCGGUGGAGUGGGUGCAGGCCGUGGUCAGCCGCUUCGACGAGCAGCUACCAAUCAAAGCUAGUCAACAGAAUACCCACACCAAAGUCAGCACGGAACAUAACAAGGAAUGUCUCAUCAAUAUUUCAAAGUACAAGUUUUCCUUGGUCAUCAGUGGCCUCACCAAUAUAUUAAAAAAUGUUAACAAUAUGAGAAUAUUUGGAGAAGCUGCUGAAAAGAAUUUGUAUCUUUCUCAGCUGAUUAUAUUGGAUACACUGGAAAAAUGUCUUGCUGGGCAACCAAAGGACACUAUGAGGCUCGAUGAGACGAUGCUGGUCAAGCAGUUGUUGCCGGAGAUCUGUCACUUUAUCCACACCUACCGCGAAGGGAAUCAACACGCAGCAGAGCUUCGCAAUUCUGCCUCUGGAGUUCUCUUUUCUCUCAGCUGCAACAAUUUCAACGCCGUCUUCAGCCGCAUCUCCACCAGAUUGCAGGAAUUGACUGUGUGCUCUGAAGACAAUGCUGAUGUUCAUGACAUUGAACUCUUACAGUACAUCAGUGUCGACUGUGCUAAACUAAAGCGUAUACUGCAAGAAACGGCCUUUAAAUUUAAAGCCCUCAAGAAAGUAGCACAACUGGCAGUUAUCAACAGUCUUGAAAAGGCAUUUUGGAACUGGGUGGAAAACUAUCCGGACGAGUUUACUAAGCUGUACCAGACACCGCAGACAGAUCUGGCGGAUUGCGCAGAGAAGCUGUUUGAUUUGGUGGAUGGAUUUGCCGAAAGCACAAAACGCAAGGCGGCUGUUUGGCCCUUGCAAAUAAUCCUCCUCGUCCUGUGUCCAGAAAUCAUCCAAAACAUUAACAAGGAUGGGGUGGAGGAGAACAAAAUAAACAAGAAGCUAUUUUUGGACAACCUCAGGAAGGCACUUUCAGGCCACAGUGGAAGCAGACAGUUGACAGAAAGUGCUGCCAUUGCUUGCGUUAAGUUGUGCAAAGCAUCGACCUACAUCAGCUGGGAAGACAACUCUGUCAUUUUCCUUCUAGUUCAAUCCAUGGUGGUAGAUCUGAAGAACCUGCUCUUCAAUCCUAGCAAGCCGUUCUCAAGAGGCAACCAGAAUGCGGACAUAGACCUCAUGAUCGACUGCUUAGUGUCUUGCUUCCGCAUCAACCCACACAAUAACCAGCACUUCAAGACUUGCCUGGCACAGAAUUCCCCAUCAACAUUUCAUUAUGUGCUGGUAAAUUCACUCCACCGUAUAAUCACAAAUUCUGCACUUGACUGGUGGCCCAAGAUUGACGUUGUAUACUGUCAUUCAGUGGAACUCCGCAGCAUGUUUAGUGAAACCCUCCAUAAAGCUCUACAAGGUUCUGGCGUGCACACCCCGAUUCGCAUGACACCGAGUCUUACAUUUAAAGAGAAAAUGACGAGCCUUAAGUUUAAAGAAAAGCCUACAGAUGUUGAAACCAGAAGUUACAAGGUCUUGUUGUUAUCUAUGGUAAAGCUGAUCCAUGCUGAUCCUAAACUUUUGCUCUGUAAUCCAAGGAAACAAGGUCCUGAGACUCAGGGCAGCACCGCUGAACUCAUAACAGGCCUUGUCCAGCUGGUGCCACAAUCCAGCAUGCCUGAAAUAGCACAAGAAGCCAUGGAGGCCUUGCUUGUGCUCCAUCAGUUAGACAGCAUUGACUUGUGGAAUCCAGACGCACCCAUCGAAACAUUCUGGGAGAUCAGUUCACAAAUGCUGUUUUGUAUAUGCAAGCGGCUAACGAGCAAUCAGAUUCUCAGCAGCACAGAAAUCCUCAAGUGGCUGCGAGAGAUUUUGAUCUGCAGGAACACGUUUCUUCUGAAAAACAAACAAUCAGAUAGGAGUUCCUGUCCCUUUCUCUUCCUUUAUGGGGUAGGAUGCGAUGUCUCUGGGGGUGGAGCUAAUCAAAUUUCUCUUGACCAUGAAGAGAUGAUGCGUUGUAUCCCAGGAGCUACGCUUAGGAAAGGAAAAGGGAGCUUUUGCAUGGAAAGCGCUGCAGGCUGCAGCGGGACGCCGAUAUGCCGUCAAGCGCAGACCAAAUUGGAGGUGGCCCUGUAUAUGUCCCUCUGGAGCCCUGACACUGAGGCAGUGCUUGUCGCGAUGUCCUGUUUCCGACAUCUUUGCGAGGAAGCGGAUAUCAGAUGUGGCGUGGACGAGGUGUCGGUUCACAACUUUUUGCCCAAUUACAACACCUUUAUGGAGUUUGCUUCCGUGAGCAACAUGAUGUCAACAGGAAGAGCAGCUCUCCAGAAAAGAGUGAUGGCGUUGCUAAGGCGAAUUGAACAUCCGACGGCAGGUAACACUGAGGCUUGGGAAGCCACAUAUUUAAAAUGGGAGACGGCUACAAAUUUGAUCCUCAACUUUCCGAAGGCUAAAAUGGAAGAUGGCCAGGUCGCGGAAAGCCUCCACAAGACCAUCGUCAAGAGGCGAAUGUCCCAUGUCAGCGGGGGAGGCUCUAUAGACCUUUCGGACACAGAUUCUCUGCAGGAGUGGAUCAACAUGACCGGCUUCCUGUGCGCGUUGGGCGGGGUGUGCCUGCAGCAGCGCAGCAGCGCCGGGUUUGCGACCUACAGUCCGCCCAUGGCCCCUGUGAACGAGCGCAAAGGCUCCAUGAUAUCCAUGCUGUCGACCGAGGGCAACACGGAGACCCCCGUGAGCAAGUUCAUGGACCGUUUGCUGUCGCUCAUGGUCUGCACCCACGAGAAAGUGGGCCUGCAGAUACGGACCAACAUUAAAGAUCUCAUGGGCCUGGAACUGAGCCCGGCGCUUUACCCCAUGCUUUUCAACAAACUGAAGAACAACAUCAGCAAGUUCUUUGACUCUCAAGGGCAGGUCUUGUUGAAUGACAGCAACACCCAGUUUGUGGAGCAGACCAUUGCAAUUAUGAAGAACCUGCUUGAUAAUCAUACAGAAGGGAGUUCAGAACACCUGGGACAAGCCAGCAUUGAGACCAUGAUGCUGAACCUUGUCAGAUACGUGCGCGUCCUGGGGAAUCUGGUCCACGCUAUUCAGAUAAAAACUAAACUCUGUCAGCUCGUGAAGGUAAUGAUGGAGAGGCGUGAUGAUCUUUCCUUCUGUCAAGAGAUGAAAUUCAGGAACAAGAUGGUGGAAUAUCUGACAGAUUGGGUUAUGGGAACAUCCAACCAGGCAACAGAUGAGGAUGUGAAGUGUCUGACAAGAGAUUUGGACCAAGCAAGCAUGGAAGCUGUGGUGUCUCUUCUUGCGGGACUUCCAUUACAGCCUGAAGAAGGAGAUGGAGUUGAAUUGAUGGAAGCUAAAUCCCAGUUGUUCCUUAAGUACUUUACCCUGUUUAUGAACCUCCUCAAUGACUGCAGCGAAGUGGAAGACGAAAGCGCGCAAACAGGCGGCAGAAAACGAGGGAUGUCCCGAAGGCUGGCUUCGUUACGACACUGCACAGUCCUGGCCAUGUCAAACUUGCUCAACGCAAACGUGGAUAGUGGCCUUAUGCACUCAAUAGGGUUGGGCUAUCACAAAGAUCUUCAGACAAGAGCAACGUUCAUGGAGGUCCUCACCAAAAUUUUGCAGCAGGGCACAGAGUUUGAUACCCUGGCAGAAACUGUCUUGGCAGACCGGUUCGAGAGAUUGGUGGAGUUGGUCACCAUGAUGGGUGACCAAGGAGAGCUGCCCAUUGCUAUGGCUUUGGCGAAUGUAGUGCCUUGUUCACAGUGGGAUGAACUGGCUCGUGUCCUGGUCACCCUCUUUGACUCCAGACACUUGCUCUACCAGCUGCUUUGGAACAUGUUUUCUAAAGAGGUUGAGCUGGCAGACUCGAUGCAGACGCUCUUCAGGGGAAACAGUCUGGCUAGCAAAAUAAUGACGUUCUGUUUUAAGGUUUAUGGGGCAACCUACCUCCAGAAGCUUUUGGAGCCUUUAUUAAGGGCAGUAAUUACAUCAAAUGAAUGGCAGCACGUCAGCUUUGAGGUGGACCCUACAAGGUUGGAAUCCGCCGAAAGCCUUGACGAUAACCAGCGGAGCCUUCUCCAGAUGACAGAGAAAUUCUUCCAUGCCAUUAUCAACUCCUCUGCAGAGUUUCCACCUCAGCUUCGAAGCGUGUGCCACUGUCUCUAUCAGGCAACUUGCCACUCUCUCCUGAAUAAAGCUACCGUAAAAGAAAAAAAGGAAAACAAAAAAUCAGUUGUCAGCCAGCGGUUCCCUCAGAACAGCAUUGGAGCCGUUGGGAGUGCCAUGUUCCUGAGGUUCAUCAACCCUGCCAUCGUCUCGCCAUAUGAGGCUGGGAUAUUGGAUAAGAAGCCGCCGCCAAGAAUCGAAAGGGGCUUGAAGUUAAUGUCAAAGGUACUGCAGAGCAUUGCCAACCACGUCUUGUUUACAAAGGAGGAGCACAUGCGGCCUUUUAAUGACUUUGUGAAGAGCAACUUUGAUGCAGCACGAAGGUUUUUCCUUGACAUUGCAUCAGAUUGUCCAGCCAGCGACACAGUCAAUCACAGCCUCUCUUUCAUCAGCGAUUGCAACGUCCUUGCUUUGCACCGGCUCCUCUGGAACAAUCAGGAGAAGAUUGGCCAGUACCUUUCCAGCAACAGGGACCACAAAGCUGUUGGAAGACGGCCAUUUGACAAGAUGGCGACUCUGCUGGCAUACCUUGGUCCUCCUGAGCACAAGCCAGUGGCAGACACGCAGUGGUCCAGUAUCAAUCUCACCAGUUCCAAGUUUGAAGAAUUUAUGACUAGGCACCAGGUGCACGAAAAGGAGGAGUUCAAGGCCCUGAAAACACUAAAUAUUUUCUACCAAGCUGGGACAUCCAAGGCUGGCAACCCUGUUUUCUACUACAUUGCUCGCCGGUUCAAGACCGGCCAGAUAAAUGGUGAUCUGCUGAUAUACCACGUCUUGCUAACUUUGAAGCCAUACUACGCUAAGCCAUAUGAGAUUGUGGUGGACCUCACUCACGCCGGCCCCAGCAAUCGGUUCAAAACGGACUUCCUCUCCAAGUGGUUUGUUGUUUUCCCGGGACUCGCUUACGAAAACGUCACCGCUGUUUUCAUCUAUAACUGCAACUCGUGGGUGAGGGAGUACACGAAAUACCACGAGAGACUUCUGACAGGCCUCAAAGGCAGCAAGAGACUCAUCUUCAUUGACUCGCCUGGGAAGCUGGCAGAACACAUAGAGCAUGAGCAGCAGAAGCUCCCGGCGGCCACUUUGGCCUUGGAAGAAGACCUGAAGGUUUUCCACAAUGCGCUCAAGCUGGCCCACAAAGACACCAAAGUUUCUAUUAAAGUUGGUUCUACAGCUGUCCAAGUAACUUCAGCGGAGCGCACAAGGGUCCUGGGACAGACGGUGUUUUUGAAUGACAUUUACUAUGCCUCUGAAAUAGAAGAAAUCUGCCUUGUGGAUGAAAACCAGUUCACCUUAACCAUCGCCAACCAAGGCACGCCUCUCACUUUCAUGCACCAGGAGUGUGAUGCCAUCGUCCAGUCCAUCAUUCACAUACGGACGCGGUGGGAGCUAUCGCAGCCCGACUCCAUACCGCAGCAUACAAAAAUCCGCCCAAAGGAUGUGCCUGGGACACUGCUGAAUAUUGCGUUGCUCAAUCUAGGGAGCUCAGACCCAAGCUUACGGUCUGCGGCCUAUAAUCUUCUCUGUGCCUUAACCUGUACCUUUAAUUUAAAGAUUGAAGGCCAGUUACUGGAAACUUCAGGUCUGUGUAUCCCUGCCAACAACACCCUUUUUAUUGUCUCUAUUAGUAAGACUCUGGCAGCUAAUGAGCCCCACCUCACCUUAGAGUUUUUGGAGGAAUGCAUUUCCGGAUUUAGCAAAUCUAGUAUUGAACUGAAACACCUCUGUCUGGAAUACAUGACCCCCUGGUUGUUGAAUCUGGUCCGCUUCUGCAAACACAAUGACGAUGCCAAACGCCAGCGAGUCACUGCUAUUCUCGAUAAGCUCAUCACAAUGACCAUAAAUGAGAAGCAGAUGUACCCUUCCAUUCAAGCCAAGAUAUGGGGGAGCUUGGGCCAGAUUACUGACCUGCUUGACGUAGUGCUGGACAGUUUCAUCAAAACCAGUGCCACAGGGGGAUUGGGAUCCAUCAAAGCGGAGGUUAUGGCAGACACAGCUGUAGCUCUGGCAUCUGGAAACGUGAAAUUGGUUUCCAGUAAAGUAAUUGGAAGGAUGUGCAAAAUAAUCGACAAGACCUGUCUGUCUCCAACUCCUACAUUAGAGCAGCACCUGAUGUGGGAUGAUAUUGCCAUUCUAGCCCGUUACAUGCUGAUGCUGUCCUUUAAUAAUUCACUCGAUGUGGCUGCACACCUCCCCUACCUCUUCCAUGUAGUUACUCUGUUGGUGGCCACCGGUCCUCUUUCCCUUAGAGCUUCCACCCAUGGCCUGGUCAUCAACAUCAUUCAUUCUCUGUGCACUUGUUCACAACUCCACUUUAGUGAGGAGACCAAGCAAGUGUUGAGACUGAGCUUAACAGAGUUCUCACUCCCCAAGUUCUACUUGCUGUUUGGAAUAAGCAAGGUGAAGUCGGCAGCUGUCAUUGCAUUCCGAUCCAGUUACCGGGACCGGUCGUUCUCUCCCGGCUCCUAUGAGAGGGAGACGUUUGCACUGACUUCUCUGGAAACGGUGACAGAAGCUUUGCUGGAGAUUAUGGAGGCAUGUAUGAGAGAUAUUCCGACCUGCAAGUGGCUUGACCAGUGGACGGAACUAGCUCAGAAGUUUGCAUUCCAGUAUAAUCCGUCCCUCCAGCCAAGAGCCCUGGUUGUCUUUGGCUGCAUUAGCAAACGGGUGUCACACGGACAGAUAAAGCAGAUCAUCCGGAUUCUUAGCAAGGGUCUCGAGAGCUGCUUGAAAGGCCCCGAUAACUACAAUAGCCAGGUUCUAAUAGAAGCCACGGUCAUAGCACUGACCAAGCUGCAGCCACUUCUCAAUAAGGACUCGCCUAUGCACAAGGCCCUCUUCUGGGUGGCCAUGGCUGUUCUGCAGCUGGACGAAGUCAGUCUGUAUUCAGCGGGCACAGCUCUCCUCGAGCAGAAUCUCCAUACCCUGGACAACCUUCGAGUAUUCAAUGACAAAAGCCCUGAAGAAGUUUUCAUGGAGAUCAGGAGGCCUCUGGAGUGGCACUGCAAGCAGAUGGACCAUUUUGUGGGACUCAAUUUCAACUCCAAUUUCAACUUUGCCUUGGUGGGGCAUCUGCUAAAAGGCUAUCGGCAUCCCUCUCCAACCAUCGUGGCAAGGACAGUCAGAAUUCUACACACACUCCUCGCUCUGGUGAACAAACAUAGGAACUGUGACAAGUUUGAGGUGAAUACCCAGAGUGUGGCUUACCUUGCAGCUUUACUCACUGUGUCCGAGGAGGUUCGAAGUCGGUGCAGCCUAAAGCAUAGGAAGUCUCUCCUCCUGACAGACGUUUCGAUGGAAAAUGUUCCAAUGGAGACAUAUCACAUACAUCACAGCGAUGGCAGCUUCAGGACACUAAGGGAAAACCAGCCAUGGUCUUCUCCCAAGGGCUCAGACAGACAUCUCGCUGCCAGUUACCCAACAGUGGGGCAGAUCAGCCCACGCACAAGGAAGUCCAUGAGUUUGGAUAUGGGUCAGCCUUCUCAAGCCAACACUAAAAAGCUACUAGGUACAAGAAAGAGUUUUGACCAUUUGAUGCCUGACACAAAAGCGCCUAAAAGACAAGAAAUGGAAUCUGGGAUCACCACACCUCCCAAAAUGAGACGGGUAGCAGAAAAUUAUGAAAUGGAAACUCAAAGGAUAUCGCCGCAGCAGCACCCUCAUCUCCGGAAAGUAUCAGUGUCAGAGUCCAAUGUCCUCCUGGAUGAAGAAGUCCUCACAGAUCCCAAAAUCCAAGCCCUGUUGCUGACCAUCCUGGCAACACUAGUAAAAUAUACGGCAGAUGAGUUUGACCAGAGAAUCCUGUAUGAGUAUUUAGCAGAAGCCAGUGUGGUGUUCCCAAAGGUCUUUCCUGUUGUGCACAAUUUAUUGGACUUCAAGAUAAAUACCCUGUUGUCGCAGUGUCAGGAUCCCAAUUUAUUGAAUCCAAUUCAUGGCAUUGUGCAGAGCGUGGUUUACCAUGAGGAAUCUCCGCCACAGUACCAAACUUCUUAUCUACAAAGUUUUGGAUUUAAUGGCCUCUGGAGGUUUGCGGGACCAUUUUCUAAGCAAACACAAAUCCCAGACUAUGCUGAGCUCAUAGUAAAGUUCCUUGAUGCCUUGAUCGACACCUACUUACCUGGGAUUGAUGAGGAAACCAGCGAGGAAUCCCUGCUGACGCCAACUUCUCCUUACCCUCCUGCCGUGCAGAGUCAGCUUAGUAUUACAGCAAACCUAAACCUCUCCAAUUCCAUGACCUCACUUGCAACUUCCCAGCAUUCCCCAGGAAUCGAUAAGGAGAACGUGGAGCUCUCCCCGACCACGGCACACUCCAGCAGUGGGAGGACGCGCCACGGCUCCGCCAGCCAGGUGCAGAAGCAGCGCAGCACUGGCAGCUUCAAGCGCCACAGCAUCAAAAAGAUUGUCUGAAGCCUUCUCCUUUCCCCUUUGUUUUCCCUUCCUUCCAUCCUUGGUUUUCUAACGUGGCGUAAGUACUUCCUGCCCCACCUCCACAAGUGGUCGUGCCGCACUUAAUUUCAAACCCUCCUGCCCACUCGCCCCGUCAGCCGUGGUGCCAGACGAUCAACUCUUAAAACGUGUUGUCUGAAUUUAUUUUGGAUUUUCAUUUCUGUUUUUUGCCACCUUUAAAAAACAAAACAGAAGCAGCGGCAGCAGCAGCAGCAGCAGCAACAACAACAACCCUUCUGUUCUUUUUUUUGUUUUUAAGCUGGUAAUAGCCAAACUGUGAUGAACAGAACCACUUUUAAGAAUCUGAAGAAAGCAGGGAAAUGACCGUAGGUUGUGUCGAAAGGCAGAAAUCAUGUCUCUCGCAUUUCAGACACGUUUUUGUUACCUUAUUUGGGGGGAGCUUGUUUGUUUGUUUAUGGCUUGUUUUGUAUCUAAAGGGGGGGAGUGUUAAUAUUCAAUCCUGUUUGCACAUUAGAGGUUUUGAUGGCCAGUGGACACAGUCAGCAUCCUGGUUUCCAUCCCACAUCCCUGUAGCUGUGGACAUCCUUUUCCUGAGCUUAAAUGGCCUCUGAGCACAAGAACAGUGCAAUGAGUUUAACCAAGGGGUGAGAGUUUUUGCCCCGUCAAGGUGUAUCUUUAAUGAUCUAGGCAUUUCAGAGUGCAGGGUGUCUCUCUUGAUACUCCAGAAAAUAGCCUCCUGGGGGCACAUGAACCAGACUGGAAGAAACUGGCUGUAUUUGUCGAGUUUUCCUUUGGUGAAUUUAGACUGGGAAGGGGCACUUCUUUAUUGUAGAGUUGGAAGGGACCACAAGCGUAAUCCAUGCCAACCCCUUGCAAUGCAGGAAUAUUUUGCCCAACGUGGGGCUCGAACCUACGACCCUGAGAUUAAGAGUCUCGUACUCUACCGACUGAGCUAUCCUAGCUAUUUCAAUGUUCCGUCCCACUCCACAGCAUGGCUAGGGUGAAUGUUGUGAUUGUGUGGGCCUUUCCUGCUCAUUCGCCCUUCCCAGCUGGGGUCCUGUGUGGACUUGAUUCAUUCCACAGCAGCUCCUGUGUGGAAGCUCCACUGCAGCCAUUUGUGCUUGUGUCAUCUUGGGCUGUUGCUCCCACAAAGAUUGUUACGGCUGCUUCUCAUGUGAUAACUCUCCCCCACCUUCCUUGCACCACAUUGACAUAACUCAUUGAUGUUCCCAGUUAAGGAAAGGUGCCGCUAACAAUUCCCAAGCGCCCUAGACUUUUAAUUGGCUCAUACCCCUUUUUCCAAAAUAUCCACAUUGCUCCUACUCAAAGUUUUACUUACUUUUAAAGGAGCAACUGCUGCUCUCAAACCCAGAGUGGCCCAAAUAGCCUUUCCUGAUAGUGUAAAUGUUUUGGGUUGUAUCCAGCUUUAGCUGUACUUAGAGCAGACCUAUUGAAAUUAAUGGGCGAGGCUAACAGAUUUUAAUUCCGUUGGGUCUGCUCUUGAGUAGAAUGUAGUUGGAUUCCAGGCAUACACUCAAACUUUGCCCUGAGGGUUUAUUUUAAAAAAGCUAUAAUUGGCCAGUAAUCCUUGCCAACAGAAGCAUGUUUCAGCUUUAGGAACCACAGACUGAAACAGCUUCCAGCCACCAUGAAAGGCCUUGUCAAAAUGCUAUAGCGGUAAUAGAUGUCUGUUCUGAAAAACACGUGUGGAAUAAGGGCUAGGUUGUUGGGCUAGGAUGAGAGAGAUGGGGAUGGCUCCACCUCCCUCUCUCUCUCCCUCCCUCCCUCCCUCCCUCCCUCCCUCUCUCUCAUAGCCUAACCAUACUUCUUAGGCAGUAUUGUGAGACUAUAUUAAUAGGGGGGAAACAUUUAUGCUGAUUGGGCUGGAGAAUGGAUGGGCCAAAGUCAGGCACUGAACUUUGUGGCUGAGUUGGGGUUUUGAAUCUGGGUCUCUCUGGUUCUUGUCUGACACUCAGCCACUAGACUGCUGUGGCUCUGUGUUGAGAUUACCAGAGUCCUCAGCAGCAACAUGGAUGAUGAACGUGCUGCUUUGACUGGCUGCCCAAAAGUGUGCGGCUUGCCUAGAUUUUGGAAGCACAAAUUCUCAACUUCUAAAAAAGCAUGUCAGUCAGAAUGAAAUGAAAUGUAUGUAUUGCUGACAUAAUCGGUUAUUCAGUGGCUUUAAAGGGAAUAAUAUACAUACAAUUGAAACUGUAUAGUGAAAUUUUAAUGCUGACUUUGGGUAAAUCAAAUUCCACAGCAUUAGACAGAGGGGUGCAAAUGAAUGGUCCAUUAGCAAGCUAUUAACAUUCAUUUAAAAUGCCAUGGGUUUUAUGUGUAUAAAACAACUGCUUUUGGUGUAUUGAUUCAGAGAGGAACUAUUUUAUUUUGUUCCACUCCUGGAACACAGUCUCAAGGUGCCAACAACAGUCUGCCCAACCAAGAAAAGUUUUUUUGGGUUUUUUUGAGGUAGAGAAAGGAAACGCUCUUGAUCAUGUUGGAAUUUCAGCUGAAAUAGAUUUGAAUCAAAUGGGAAGGGUUAAAGUAGGGUCGAUGAAACUGUCGCAGGUUAGAAUCCUUCAGGUUUCUUCCCAGUUCUGUGGUCAGAGGAAAGACUGCCUAUUGUACCAGGUCACACCUGCAUUGGGAGCUUUCCUGUUCUCAUUGCAGUGUGCUGGAGUGUCAAAUCAUAAGUCUGGGAGAAAAAUAGCACGAUGUAGUCCUCAGGAGUCCUGUGCUGUGCUAACAUCUCUCACUGGGCCAUGUGUAGACGUUGCACCCCCAAGCCAAGGUCAGGAGAUGUGCAGCUUGUGGUGCCAGAGGACUGGACAAGGUGGGUGAACCCUUUGGCUUCCCAAAGGGAGCCCUGCGCAGAAGCCCCUUUAAUCCUUUCCCCCCUCUGACGUAUUCCUUUGUCUCCAUCGCAUACCUUGAGGGCUCACCCAAAGCUUGAGCCAGUAGGAUCUCUCAUGGCAGAUGUGACAGAAACAGGGAGUGGCGGAGUAUAAGCUCUGAAUAGGCACAGCUAAUCCUCUGCCCAGAGGAUCACAGCCCGCCAGCCCAUUCACAGCAAUGGUCAGAAUUCCAAGCACACCCACCAGGUUUCCUUAUGAUAACGCCCAUGUUUUAGGCGUGUGGCAGCUGGGGUUUGCACAGGCAGUCAUUGUGAACAGCCGAGAGAACUCUUGAGGGCAGGGGGAUACAGGGGAGGAGGAGGAGAAGCAUUCACAGCAGUUCAGUAGGUCUUGAUGUAGCCUCUAGGCUGCGUCAUCAAAUCAUGGGUUUGGCAAAACAGGCCAGCGAACCCAAAGUGGGGUUGGCAAGGGAAGUAAUUUCCUUCUCUCUUUCUCUCUUCUUCCCACCAGCCUGCCAAACAUCAGGAUCUCCAGACAAUCUGACUUUCCUGGUUUCUAAAAUUAGGCUGUAUUAUGUAAGCACUCAGUUUUAGAACUUCCUUCAGCUAUAUAGCUUUCAAGAGGUACAAAUCAAGAGAGUUGGAGUGAGGUCACUCUAGCCCCGCACCCCACCAUUUUUAGUCUUAGUUUUGACACUGCUUUUUCUUGCUGCCAACAUGCAUCUUCCCUGGAGGAGGGAGGCUGGUGGAUAUUUCCAGAUGGGUCUUCGGCACCCUUCUCAUGCUCUUUGCAAAGUUAGCCUUUAAAAAGGGGGGGGGGGUUGUUCAAAUUCUAGGGAAACUGGUGAAUUAUGCACUCAAGGAAUUGAACUAGAGCCCACAUUGUCAGGUGCAUAAAGUGUCGUCUUCACAGCACAUAUAUUUACAUUAUAUGUGCCAGUUGAUGCAUCCAGUGGAGUCAGCUUUAGUCCAUGAAAGUUGAUGCCGCCUUGUAUGUUAAAAGCCCGUAAGAAGCUACAUGCGCAAUUCGAGGUUAUUUGGAUGUAGUAAUCGGCAUGGGUCAGUUGGCCAAAGACCACAGGGACCUAGUGCUGUACACAGUGAAUCUGUUGCGUCCUUCAGCCAUCCAAACUAUGCAUAUUCUGAAAGAAAUUGGACUCUGCACCCUUGAGAGAAACCACUACAGGGCAGCAGAAACUCAUCUGGGCAGACUUCCUAGAAUCAAAAAGAUAGAAAAGCUUACUUUACAAGAUGUGCUUUAGCAGAGCUGAUUUCUGGACUGAGGUGUCUUAACGGGAUAAGGGAGCAGCAAUUCAUAGGUGCUUCUUUCCAAUGCAGAGAUGGUGGGUGCAUUGAUGGCUUUGUCCCCGAACAAAACCCAUUUAGUGGCUGAUUUGCUCAGUGCCUUAAGUGUUUCUCUCAUCCACUUGGUGAAAAAUGUCCUCUCCUUAGCCACUGCAGCUGAUUUGCCCUUCCACCAACUGCUGCUGUCUUCACCCUUUAUUUUUCGGAUAUCGGCUACACAACCCAGUGAACGAUUCCGUGCUGUUGCUUUAAAAGGACACCUUCUCACGGUUAGGUCCUGGGCCAUUGGGGGCCAUCUCAUGUUCUCUGGGCCCAGAAAGCAGCAGAAUACACUUCCCUGCUCUGGAGGAGGCUGUGCAUCUUGCUGAGCUGCUUGUGGGUUGGUGGCAUCCAUGUGCCUUUAAAACAAAGUAGAUCCAUGCAUAAAUUCCUGCGUUAGCAUGUUUAGACAAGAGAGGGACUUCUGGGAGUGUUUUCCUUUGCUUUUUUUUUUUUUUUAAUGGAACACAGGAAAGAGGUUCUCAACCAGAGGUGUCCCAGCAGGCUUUGGCAGAGGGCUAGCAAUUUGAUUGUUGUGUUUAAAUUUGAACCUUCUCCUAGAGGAUUUCAAUAUCAUGUCGAGAACCAAGUAACUUUGACCUGCAGCGUAAGGUUGCUGCAGGCUGUGCAGCAGGGGCUAUUCACCUGUGGCCCCGCAGAUGUCGCUGGGCUUAGCGCUCCUACUGUCCCUGACAUUGGCCAUGCUGGCUGGGGCUGUAGGGGAAGGUGGAGUGCGGUGGCGUCUGCAGGGUCAACCUUUCCCCCACUCUCACACUAAAUAAAAGGAAACCAGUUUGACACUCCUCGUUUUCAAGCACGGGCUCCAUGUGCACUAUUAAGUACUGUAAAGUUGUUUUGCGUUGUUCUCUUUUUUGUAUUUUUUUAAAUCUUUCCCCCGAUUUUGAAGUUUAAGCCUGAUGCAUUUUCCUUGCGCGUAAAGAAGAAUCCCUGUUAAAUCCGCCAGUCUGUUACGCUUCCGUUCGCAUGCACUUGUUUUCGAUAACCAAGAAACAUUUCAAAGUCAACGUUUUACGGGACUGAGCGCUGAAGAUUGUGGCUGCUGCUCUUUUCCUGAUGGGUUUGUGGGGUUUUAGGGCUUCUUCUCCCCCUUCCUCCUGCUUUGAUUCUAGUUUUAAUUUCCCCCCACGAUGUAUUAAAGCACGUCUUAAUGUUAUGCAAGAGACUCUUAUCCACAGAAGUCACUUUUUUUGCAUUGGCCACACCCUUUUUUUUAAUGCAGUAUAUUCACCCUGUAAAUAGUUUUGUGUAAAAUUUGACAGAAAAAAAGUAUAUUUACUACACUGUAAAUACAUGUGACAAUAUAUUGUAUUAUUUUGCUUUUUUGUAAAGCAGUUAGUUGCUGUACAUGUAUAACAUAAUGACAUUUGAAUAUCUUUUAGUGUUUAGUAACUGUUAACGUGCUUCUUUCCUCCCUGCUGUUGCGUUCUGUCAUUGAAAGGAAGUGAUGCUGUGUACUAUAAACCUAACGCCAUGUAUUAUAGAACUUGCUACUUCCCGUUGGGGCCUCAACCUUGAAGACCGGUUCCCUCUCCUCCUCUGUCUACAAUCCUGUUAAUAUUUGUAAGUGCUUGUGCAAGGCGUUGGGCGUGAGCCCCGCAGACUUGCACACUUAUGGGUGGGUAAUUGGAGGUAUAUAUAUAAAUAUAUAAAUAUAUAUUAAAAUUAAAAUAAACCUGUAGAGAUCAUGGUUUCAAGCAAUUGUUGUUUACCCCCCACUUUCCCUCAUGUAUGUACUUCCCUUUUUUUGAAGUAAAAAAUGUAAAUUCAACCUGC